AUGAGAACACUUUCAGUCUCAAAAUGGAUUUUAUUAUCCUUAUUAAUUUCCCGGCUCUGUGGUGCUAUAACUAAAGGAGAUUCCGAAGGUCCAGCCACUGGGGAAUGUAAACAGCCUGAAAAACCUGAUUUAGGUCUUGACUCAACUAGUGGAAACCCCGUAGAAGGAGUUGUUCAAACUUCUGAUGAUACCACUAUCGAUAACUCCCAAGAUACACGAAAAUCCGAACAUUCUAAAGAUCAGCAUUCAUCAGGAGACCAUCCAGAAGAUAAUGAGAAAGAGUAUGAACAACUUUCACAAAGUGUAGAACCAACUGAACUAACGGAUCUUUUUUCUGAACGUAUAUUCUUUAAAGCAGUAAAACUUGACCUUGACAUUGAAAGGGAUACCGCUGAUUUUUACUAUAAAAAGGCUAAAGGCCAGUCUUCGUACACCCCAAAGCUAGGUCGAGUCUUUGACAAAGUGGUAGUUUCAGUUCCUUAUGUUUCCCCAGUAGUUAUCUGGGAGUCAAAAACAUUAGCCGAGUGUGCCAGUCAAGUUUCAGUGUUUAGUUUAAAGAAUUUACUACUGGUUUCUGUAAAUAUUUUUAUGCUUGACGGUAGUAAAAAGGUUUUUAGAAGGUAUUUAACAGAAUCCAAGUGGAAAGAUGUUACAUUUCCAGAAAACGUUCAACUAUUAACAACCGAUAAAGAUGGUAAAGAGGUUGAGUUGGACCCGAGUAAUUAUAUAUUAAAUCCUCACUGUCUAUACGAAUAUUCAUACACUUUUAAUCUCAGUCCAUAUUCCAAAUGUACUGAGAUAAGACAUAAAAACAAUACUGUUUGGAAAUACGGUGAAAAAUACAUCAGUUCCGACGGGAACUAUGUAACUACUUCUUUUUAUCCCACUUCUAUUUCGUAUAUUCUAAGAUUUACUUUUGAUGAAUAUUACAGAGUAGAAAAGGAACUUCACGAUUUCAGAAUCUCGUUCAGUGAUGGUUCCUAUCUUGACUCCUCUCUAGAAAAUAAAGAGUGGAAACAAAUAUACUAUAUAUGGACGCCGAUGACUCUCCCAUUUCCAUUAAAUGCUGGUACUGCAAUUCCUCUGGAUGUAACUUUCGGAGAAAGUACAGAUCAGUUUGACUAUGAAUACUAUUUCUGUUCCAAUACUGGAUACAGUGAUUUUACAAUAUUUACAGCUAAAUUUGAUUAUAAGUUCAGUUCCGUUAGGGAGCAAACCCGUCUUAUUUGGGAUAAUUCUAAUGAUCCAUCUGAGUUUUCCACAAAAGUAGUGGCUCAAACUUCUAUUAAAUUUCCAGAUCAAGCUAAACAAGUGACAAUACACACCAAUAAGGGGAAUCGAAUAUUUUACAGGCAAAGGGGCAAAGAAAAAUGGAUAAACGCAAAAGACAACCUUGCAACCUAUUAUCCUGGGUUCACGGUUAUGACCCUCAAUGAUGAUAAAUCAACUAGUGUAAAUGAUACCAGCAAGUAUAAUGUUGAGUAUGAUAUUUCUCUAGUUAUUUACAGAUUUAAACGAGGUGUCAAAUGCGUCGAAGUAAGAUUUGACAACAGACUGGUAUGGAAACAUGAUGUUGGAUUGUACGGAGACAAAUAUCCCAAGUAUGUUUCUUUUAACAAUGUAUCCAAUAACAUUCGCCUUCUUAUAAAUGAUACAUUGUACUUUUAUAGCCUGCAAGAUCUUGAAUGGAAGAUGAUAUUUCAAAUACCAAAUAACUUAGUUCGAAAAACUUUUAAAACAAAACCCGGUUUCUUCAAACUUUAUUUGAUGGAUUUUAUACAAAAAAAUUUCCCUCAAGGUUAAAAAUAAUUGUAUGGGUUUUUACAACUUCAAGCGUAACACACUUUUUGCUCGAAGAAAUGAA